UUUGAUUUUCAUACGUGGCUUUAAACAUAAGAUAAGUACCUGUAUACUACGUGUUACACAGUCGCGCUGAGGAUUUUACAAAGAAAAUCGCGUGUUGCCGGCCUAGAACAACAGCUCGGACUUAAUUCCGUGUUCAAUCGAGCAAAUCAGAACCAUGGACCAGGUUAUGCAGUUUGUCGAGCCCGGCCGGCAGUUUGUGAAGGACUCCAUAAGGCUCGUGAAGAGAUGCACCAAACCAGAUAGAAAAGAAUUUCAGAAGAUUGCUAUGGCCACCGCAAUUGGUUUUGCAAUUAUGGGCUUCAUUGGGUUCUUUGUCAAACUCAUCCACAUCCCAAUCAAUAACAUCAUCGUUGGUGGAUAAAAAGGAACUUGGUGAUUGGACCGACAAGAAGAGAAUUGGACAGAACUGUACAAAUGCCACUUUUUUUGUUUUUCUUUUUUUUUUUUUUCCCUGUUUCAUUUGUAAAUUAAACCAUGACAAAUAUGUAUCUUCAUUGUUAAUAGAAGGACAUUUAAGUCAUUUUUUUGACUUGCCAGUACUACCUUCAUACAGCUCAUUAUAAAAGGACACUGACAUCUGUAUUUAUGUAAUAGCAAUGCCUUAGAGAAGACUGUUAUACAGUAACAAAUGCACCAGGAGGUAAGCAGUUUUGUUUCAACACAUUUUGUGAAAUAAUGUUUCACUGACAUUACGUUGUACAUAAUUACUGUUAUAAUGUAUACAUACAUUAAAGAAACAAGAUGAAGCUUUUA